UUACUCACCUCUCGGUGACACCGUGGAGAGGGCUGGUCCUGCCCCAUGCAGGUCCCCGAGGGUUCAUCCCACUGUGAGCCUGGACGAGAGCCCCUCCCAAGCUCAACCCCUCCAGCACACAGGGACAGAGCUGGCUCGGCAGCACCACGGCGAGCCACUUGGCCGGCCAGUCUCCGCGCUCUGCGGUGGGUGGUGAUGCCAUGUCCCAUGGUGGCCCAGCGCCCUCCGACGUGGGGUCUGCCCGCCUCGCCCGGCACCGAGGGCGUAGGUCACAUCACGCCUCCCUCAUGGCUGGAGAAGCUGGAGGUCUUUCUAAGGGAAAACUGGCUUGGGGAUUGGCCUUUCCCAGCUCUCUGUGUGCGGUUGCUCAGGGCAGGGCUGGCCAGGCUGGCCCCUCCCCACGGUGGCCACAGGGCCCACGGGAGCUCCGUGCGGCCCAGGAUUAGAACAGAACUGCCCACAGGAGUGCGGGGUGGUGUGCAGGUCGCAGAUGGCGCCUGAAAUGUGAGGCUGUUGAAAAGAAAUAGCAAGAUAGGCUGGUCCUCUGGGUCUCGCCCAGAUAGUGGGGCCACUUCCACCUUUGGGGGAGCUGGUGCUGAGUGGCCUCGCUCUGUCCAGCAGGGCAGGAGGACUGGCCUGGAGGACGGACCCGCCCAGACCUUUCUUUUCUGUCCCCUGUCCCCAGCCCCCCAGGGCAGGCCUCCUGGCUGCUCUCCCCCAGGACAAGUCUCCUGGCUGCUCCCCCGCCAGGCAGGCCUCCUGGUUCCUCCUGUAACAGAAGCCCUCGGCAGCCCUGUGUCGACAGACGGAUACACAAACCUGGUUUUCUCGCAGAGCAGAAGUUAAAAAUUAUUCAACGUGAAUUCCUGGGCUGUGCCGCGGAGGCCGGUUGUACCAGGCAAAGGUUUCCACCACAUUCCGCAGCCGGGUGAGGAAGCCGCCCCAGGAGCCGUCCGCCACUGCCCGGCCGUCCCCAUGGGACCAGGUGCUCGAGGGCUUCCCGUCCACCACGCCGCGGUGCUGCUUCCUGCCGGUCUUUUUACCUGACCAGCCGGCAUGUCGGCAGAGCACCGCGAAGCCAGACGGACGGUCCCUGCAGGAGACGCCUCGCCUGGGACACAAAAGAUGCAGAGACAGCCCUGCCUCGGAGGGGCACCUGGCCCCACGGUCACCAUGGAGACAGGAGCCAGCCACAAGCAGAAACCCAAGCCCAAGACCCCAGGAGGCGCCCCUCCCCAGGCAGAGCAGGCCUGACCAUGCGCCCGGUCCAAAGGCUGGGACUACGGGCUGCUCGGAGGCCCCGCAGAAGGGUGGGGACGGCGUCUUCGCAGAGGUGCCCCUGCCCUGGUGCCCCUACGCCUGUGAGGAGAAGCCACACUCGCUUCACUCGCCGCAGGGGACCCACUCGGACCCAGGCUGGCGCCAAGAGAGGCAAGCGGUCAGGGGUCGCCCGCGCCCGACGGAGCUGCCCGCGGGAGCCCGGCAGGGCCCAUGAGAGGCCGAUGGGGAGCCGAGCAGAGGGGCUGCCGCGUCAGCCAGGCCAGCCGCACCAGGACACAGACGAGGCUGCGGCUGUGAAGCCCCGGGCCGCCCUCCUGGAGAGGCACGUGCUGUGGGGGGAGCUGCCGCCUGGCUCGGGCUGUGGCCCCUUCUUCUACAUCGGAGGCAGCAACGGGGCUUCAAUAAUCAGCUCCUACUGCAAGAGCAAAGGCUGGCAGCGCAUCCAGGACAGCCGGCGGGAGGACUACCGGCUGAAGUGGUGUGAGAUCAGGUGCCGGGACAGCUACCACAGCUUCCGGGAAGGUGAGCAGCUGCUGUUCCAGCUGCCCAACAACAAGCUGCUCACCACCAAGAUCGGGCUGCUCAGCGCCCUCCGGGAGCACUCGCGGGCCACGGGCACCGGCAACAAGGCGGCGCUGUGCGCCCCGGCCAGCCACCAAGCCACCUGCCCAUCUGCCCGCCUACUCCCAUCCGAAAUGCGUGCAUCCAGCCACCCACCCAUCACACAGCCUCCUGUGUGCCUCGAAGCCCCCACCCAUCUGCACUCCACACACUCCUGCGUGGACACUGAGGCCAGGCCCUGUGUUCCCCUGGCGUCCAGAUCUGGAAGGGACGCAGCACCUGCCCUGGAGGGGCUCACAGGGACCAGCCCAGGAGGCCUCGGGCCACAGAGGACCCUGAAGAUGGAAGACUUUUUCCCGGAGACCUACCGUCUGGACAUGAGGGAUGAGAGGGAGGCUUUUUUCACCCUCUUUGAUGAAACCCAGAUGUGGAUCUGCAAGCCCACCGCCUGCAACCAGGGCAAAGGCAUCUUUCUGCUCAGGAGCCAGGAGGAAGUCGCUGCCCUCCAGGCCAAGACCCAGAGCGCGGAGAGCGACCUCACCUGCCGCAAGACGGCGUUCCGGGUGCCUCAGGCCCGGGUUGUGCAGAGGUACAUCCAGAACCCGCUGCUGCUGGACGGGAGGAAGUUCGACGUGCGAGCCUACCUGCUCAUCGCCUGCGCGGUGCCCCACAUGGUCUUCUUCCGCCACGGCUACGCGCGCCUCACCCUCGGCCUCUACGACCCCCAUUCCAGAGAUCUCAGUGGCCACUUGACCAACCAGUUCAUGCAGAAGAAGAGCCCCCUCUACAUGCUGCUGAAGGAGGACACGGUGUGGAGCAUGGACCACCUCAACCGCUACAUCAACGACAAGUUCCGGAAGACCAAAGGCCUCCCCAGGGACUGGGUCUUCACCGCCUUCACGACGCGGAUGCAGCAGAUCAUGGCCCAUUGCUUCCUGGCUGUCAAGUCCAAGCUCGAGUGCAAGCUGGGUUACUUCGACCUCAUCGGGUGUGACUUCUUGAUCGAUGAGAACUUCAAGGUGUGGCUGCUCGAGAUGAACUCCAACCCCGCGCUGCACACCAACUGUGAAGUCCUGAAGGAGGUGAUCCCCGCCGUGGUCAUGGAGACGCUGGGUGAGGCCCUGCUGCAGCCCGGGAACCCUCAGAGAGCCCCCACUGCCCGCCCAGUCGUACGGGCCGCCCCGCCCCGCCCCCAGCCUCCCCGCGGUCAGAUGCCCGCAAACCUAACUGUCCAGCAUCCCAGGGGCCUGCGCGGGAACCCCUCCUUCUGCGUGGCUCCUGUGUGGGCCGUCUGGGGACCAGGCACCGGCUCCCAGUGCCCCGCCGCCCGUCUUCCAGCAGGCAGGGUGCUGCAGGAGCCUGGAGGACCUAGGCGUGUCAGCUCGCAGGCCUCUCCCGCCCUGUCCCUCACGUCCCGCCCACGCCACGAGCGCGUCUUCGGUCCUCUGGCCGUGCACUGGCUCGCGGCUCGCCACGCGGCCCACGGUGGCAUCAGUGCUGUCCCAGAACACUCCGGCUCCACCAGGACGAGCCAGCUGGUGAACGUGGGGAUCACAGAGAUGGCCUGA